CGUUACAGACGCAAUGGCCGACAAGAAGAGGAGCUUCCCGGAAGCCAACGGGACGCAGGACGUCCCGCUGUCCGCCUCCAAGAAGCCGAGGGACAGCGGGGACAGACAGAGACACGUCGCCGCGCUGGUCCUGGCCCGAGGCGGAAGCAAAGGGAUCCACCUGAAGAACAUCAAGACGCUGGCCGGGGUCCCGCUGCUCAGCUGGGUGCUGCGAGCGGCCGGAGACUCCGCUAUGUUCCACAGUGUGUGGGUGUCGACGGACCACGACGAGAUCGAGAAGGUGGCAAAGUCCUGGGGAGCGAAGGUUCACCGCCGGAGUCCAGAAGUCUCCAGAGACUCUUCCACGUCGCUGGAAACCAUCCAGGAGUUUAUGAGGCAGAAUCCAGAGGUGGACGUGAUCUGCAACAUUCAGGCUACGUCCCCGUGUCUCCAUCCGUUCCACGUGAAGGAGGCCCUGGAGAUGAUCACGCAGCAGAGCUAUGACUCGGUCUUCUCCGUGGUCAGGAGGCACAUGUUCCGCUGGCAGGAGGUCAAGAAAGAGUCCGGUGAGUUGACCAAGCCGCUCAACGUGGACCCGGCCAACCGGCUUCGGCGUCAGGACUGGAACGGAGAGCUGUGUGAGAACGGUUCCUUGUAUUUCACCACCAGAGACCAGAUCAUGAAGGGCGGACUUCUCCAGGGCGGUAAGGUCGGCUACUAUGAGAUGCUGCCAGAGUACAGCGUGGACAUCGACGUGGACAUCGACUGGCCUGUGGCAGAGCAGCGAGUUCUCAGGUAUGGCUACUUUGGGCGGGUCACCCCGGAGGUGGUGAGGCUGAUGUUCUGCAACGUGUCCGGGUGUUUAACCGAAGGGAGGAUCUUCCUGUCUGUCUCCGGAGAGGAGAUGGUGUCUAUUAAUACCAGAGACACCGUGGGCAUCCGGAUGCUCCAGAAGGAGGAAGUGGAGGUGGUGCUGCUGAUGUCCAGCGUGGACCCCGUGUCCCAGAAGUUGGUGGACCAGUUGUCCGAGAGGACAGGCUGCAAAGUCCUCCAGGUGGGAGAGGAGCCGCUGAACGAUUUGAAAGCGAUGGUGGAGCAGAGGAAGCUGGAGUGGAAGGACGUGGCGUACAUGGGUAACGACAAAGCAGACGUCAACUGUCUGAACCUGGCGGGUUUGAGUGCAGUACCUGGAAACGCCCCCACGGUGGCGAUCAACGCCGCGAAGUACACCUGCCACGCGGCCGGGGGGAUGGGCUCCGUGCGGGAGUUCGCCGAACACAUUCUCCUUCAGAGAGAAAAAGCAAAGUCGAAGAUGGAGCAGGAUCGAAUCGACUGCAGCAACAAAUGAGAAGUUUCAAUUCAUUAGUUCUGAAAGGUUCAAGUGUUAAGGGUCAGUGCGGCCUAGGCUCACGGAGUUGAAGAAAUCAAACAAUACGUAAACACACGAUAUUGUGCAAAAUGGAUAUUUUAGAUUUUUAUUUAGAUGAACUUGUAGGUUGCGCGUCCAGCAUUUCCACUUUUAUCCAGUCAGUGUAAUAAUAAUGAUAUAUGUACCUCCAUGUGCGAUUCAUGUUUCUUUUCAGUUGCCUUCAAUCUGCUCACAAGGGGCUUGGAUGAUGUCUAUGUCUAUGUCACUCUUUCUAAUUUAAUGACAGAAUAAUUCAAGUGAAUUUCCUUUUUUUUGUGAAUAAUUUUCAGUGAAGUUGAAAAAUGAUUUAUGAUUUAAA